GUCAAAUAACUAUAAGUAACAUAAAAAUAUGCAUGCUAUAUUUAAAUAAUUUGUUAUCGUAUAUUUCGUAGGGUCUAAGGGCGUACGUUUUGAGUGUUUUAGAUAGUCACGUUAACUAUCGCAGGAAGAAGAGGACAGCCUCAAGACUAAACGCUGUGAUCAAUACUCUGGAUUGAGUGAUUUUAGCUAAAAAUGACCAGCUCGCAGUACCUGUGAGUCUUCAACCCCAGUGUUUUAAGAACUGUUUGAUCUUUCACACGGUUUCUCAGCAUAAAUAUCCAGCUUCUAAUUGUGUCCCUUGACAUAACCUCAGAGUAGCAGCACAAUGAGUGACCAAAACCGCAAAGAAAAUGAUGCCCUCAACAGUCUGUCUAAUAGAGAUACAAUUGAGCUACCAGAUGAUCUUUCUCUAAGCGACUCUGACUCUGAUGAGCCCAUUGAGCAUUUCGGCAGCAAAGUUGAGGACUUGUCAUCGUCCUCAGAGGAUGAAGACGAGACUCCGCAGCAUGUCCAGUCUGUUCCUCAAGAAAAUCCCACCUUCAGAUUGACAGGUGGGAGCUCUGGUUUUUGUGAUCGGAGCAGGGACAUCUUUGCACAGUUGGAUAGUGCUGCAAAGCUCACGUCUAAAGAUCUAGGUGAAGACAACAUCCUUGAUGGCACGUUUGCCCGUCCUGCUCCACCAUCACCUCCACCACCGGCAGCUAAAAGGAAGUGUGGUCAAGAGACAACCAAAAAACAACCUCCAGGUAAAAAACUCCCAGACUACCUUGGGCGCCCUGAGCGCUGGACCCACUACAGUCUUGAAGAUGUCGCUGAAACCAGUGAUAGAGAGAAUAGUCAGGUCGCUCAUCAGUAUAUACAAGGCCUUCAAGACAGCAGGAGGUCUCAGAAAGACGCGCUUGAAACUUUCACUCCAGCUUUCAACCAGGAUCAUGGCAGCACCAGUGAGAAUAAGAUUGUGUUUGCUAAACCCAAGAUUAAAGAUCAGAGUGGGAGCAAACUGGAUCAUGCUAAGAAGGAAGAAGUUGAACUUCAACACUUGGAUGACAGACAAGAGACUGAUGAAGGAGAGGAUGCUUCUCUUCAUCACCACCUCAGCUCAUGGGAGAAUAAAGAGAAAAAAAGAAAGUGGGGGACUGAAAAAGAGGACGAUGACAAAAAGGUGUCCUAUGUUGUCUUCAACAGUAGCAAGAAAGUAAAAGUAAAUCGCAAAUUUUUCCGUAAAACACUUGAAGAUGAUGAAGGUGGCACAGAGUGAACACUUUGAACAUAAAUACUUAAAACUACUGUUUCAGCAUUCAUGUACUUCAAAUUUACUGUUAAAUUUACUGACUAUCCAUUUAUCUUAACUUUGGUUGUAUAAUCCAUGAAAAGCUCUUGCUGUCAUACUGUGCAGCCUCCUUCUCAAAGGAUAGUGUAACAAAAUAACCCACAUAUCUAUAGAUUGAAAACCUGUCUGCAGCAGUAUCAGUAUUUUAGUGUGUACACAAAAUUAUUCUGAGCUACUGUGUCAAACUUUUAUGACAACUUUUCCUGAAUAAAUUUGACUCAGUUAUGUAGUUUGAGAUCACAUUAAACAAGUGUGCUUUUGUUUUAAUGUUGGUGAAAAUGUAAAGCUCAAUGUUUUGCAUGGCCACAUGUUGAUUGAUCAUAAACAAUGCAAAUUAGGAGAUGAAUUCCGCUUCUUGUACAGUAGCAAGGCUAUAACAGUGAGUUUGACAAUGACAACUUCCUACUUUUUUAAAUGAAAUUAAAUGGCCAGUGCUUAUUGUAUGUU